GCGGCAGUAGAAGGCGGUUGUCGGUGAGAACUGACGGAGGAGCAGUACCGUGCGAAACAAGUGCGAGAAGCGGAGCAGAGGCAGGAUUCAUAGUGCUGCACAGCGAUAAGGUGACCAGAUAAUAGAUAUUAAAUGCAGGCCAGACUGGAGAAGCAGGAAAUGGGGAAGAAGCAGAAUGGAAAGGGCAAGAAAGUCGAAGAGGCAGAACCCGAGGAGUUUGUAGUAGAAAAGGUUCUGGACAGGCGCGUUGUAAAUGGAAAGGUCGAAUAUUAUCUGAAAUGGAAAGGCUUCACAGAUGCUGACAAUACUUGGGAACCAGAAGAGAACCUGGAUUGUCCAGAGUUAAUUGAAGCUUUUCUCAACUCUCAGAAGGCUGGCAAAGAAAAACCAGAAGGUGCCAAGCGAAAAUCUGUGUCUGACAGUGAAUCUGAAGAAAGCAAGUCCAAAAAGAAACGAGAAUCGGUUGACAAACCAAGAGGUUUUUCUAGAGCUUUAGAACCAGAGAGGAUAAUUGGAGCUACAGACAGCAGCGGGGAACUGAUGUUCCUUAUGAAAUGGAAAGAUUCAGACGAGGCCGACUUGGUCCCAGCUAAAGAAGCAAAUAUGAAGUGUCCUCAAGUUGUUAUUGCAUUUUAUGAAGAGAGACUAACAUGGCACUCUUGUCCAGAAGAUGAAGCGCAGUAAAGUCAUUGCUAUUUACGAGUAGACUUUUUUUUAUUGAACUUUUUUUUUUUCCCCUCCUUUUGGCCACCUUAAUGAUGAGGUUAUUAAUUUUAGUUUUUUCUGAAUAAACCGCACCAGUAAUUUGGCAAAAAAUGUGGCCCCACAAAAUGUACUUGGCCUGUAGCGCCUUUGAUACAUGUAUUUGCCCUGUCCGGCCUUUUUUUUUUUUUUUUUUUUUUAAUAUAUAUUUUUUUUUCAUUCUGCUGAAGUCCGAGCAUCUAUAAUACAGACUUGCAAGUGUUUUGUAGCCUUCAGUUGUCGUGCAUGUUCAUGCUUUAGCCCAGUCUUUAUCAUAGGUUAUUAGCUCCAGGCACUGCUUCAGUGGAUGUGCUGUGGAGACCUUUGUAGUAAGUGGAAUGUUACCUGACUGUAUAUUGUUUACUUCAAUGUAAAUACUGGUGAGCAGUGUUCAAUAAAUAGUUUUAUAUUCUCA